GCACAAGGCCUAAGCCUAUGCCUCUAUUACAACCUGUUAUAACAAUGGAAUUCAUUAAUAUUUAAGACUUUCGGCAGUUCACGAUAUACAUAACUUCAUAAUCUAAUGAAAUAAUCAAACUCAAGGCCGUUCAGCUAAUAUCAAAAGAUCACUGUAGCGGUACUUUAGUCAAAUGGCGGCAGUUUUUUGUUUUCGUCAUGUCAGUUUUCGGGGAGUAGUUAAGUUAUGGGCUAGUGACACCAUUGCAGGCUAUCCAAAACUGCAAGCAAAUUUUGCAAGAAAAUUCAGCACAUCAAAAUGCAGAUAUCAAACUGCAGAUUAUGACCUUAUCGUUAUCGGAGGUGGUUCCGGAGGUUUGGCCGCCGCCAAAGAAGCCACCAACUUGGGAGCCAAAGUCGCUGUUCUGGAUUACGUCACUCCCAGUCCACGAGGUACGAAAUGGGGUUUGGGAGGUACGUGUGUCAACGUAGGAUGCAUCCCCAAGAAGCUGAUGCACCAGGCCGCGUUAUUAGGAGAAGCCAUCCAUGAUGCCCAAACAUAUGGAUGGCAACUACCUCAACCAGAAAAGAUUUCACAUAAUUGGGAAGCGCUCAAGGAUGCUGUACAAGGUCACAUUAAGUCAGUUAAUUGGGUAACGAGAGUAGAACUUAGAGAUAAAUCUGUUGAAUACAUCAAUGGUCUAGGUACAUUCGUCGACCCCCACACGAUCCACGCCCAAACGAAGAAGGGCGAGAAGAUAAUCACAGGAAAGAAUAUUCUGAUAGCCGUCGGCGGCAGGCCCCGAUACCCAGACAUACCUGGUGCUGUAGAAUACGGAAUCAGCAGCGAUGAUAUUUUCAGUUUAGAAAAACCUCCAGGAAAAACUCUAAUCGUAGGUGCUGGAUACAUAGGCUUAGAGUGCGCUGGAUUUUUAAACGGUCUAGGAUACGACGCUACUGUCAUGGUGCGAUCAAUUCUCCUUAGAGGCUUCGACCAACAGAUGGCCAAUGUGAUUCAAGCCGAGAUGAAAGAGAAAGGAGUUAAAUUCUUACACAAAUCCAUCCCCACUGAAAUUAAGAAGGACAAUGACGGCAAAUUGCAUGUUUCAUGGAAGAACGAUAGAGGAGAAACAUUCACAGACACUUUCGAUACAGUUCUUUUUGCCAUUGGCAGAAGAGCCCUGACGAAAGAGUUACAUUUAGAAAAUUGCGGUGUCAAAGUUGCCGGUGACGGAGAAAAGAUUGAUGCUGUUAACGAACAGACCAACGUACCUAAUAUUUAUGCCGUAGGAGAUGUUUUAUAUAAAAAGCCAGAACUUACCCCAGUGGCAAUUCUUGCCGGACGUUUCUUAGCUCGUCGUCUAUUCGGUGGUGCAAGUCAAACAAUGGACUACGAAAAUGUAGCCACUACAGUAUUCAGCCCUCUAGAGUAUGGUUGUGUCGGCUUAAGCGAAGAAACAGCCGUAGAACGAUUUGGUGAAGACAAUAUUGAAAUAUACCACGGAUAUUACAAGCCCACUGAGUUCUUUAUUCCACAGAAAAGUAUUGCCAACUGUUACUUAAAGGUAGUCGCAAAUAGGGAGGGUAACCAAAAAGUUUUAGGAUUGCACUUCAUUGGACCAAAUGCUGGAGAAAUCAUUCAAGGAUUCGCCACAGCAAUCAAAUUAAAUUUAACAGUAAAGGAUUUAAUGGAAACCGUAGGCAUCCAUCCAACUAUAGCAGAAGAAUUCACAAGAAUCAAUGUCACUAAACGGUCAGGCAAAGAUCCCAAUCCUGCAUCAUGCUGCAGUUAAAGAAAAAAUACUCAUUUCCAAAUAUUUUUAUUUUUGUAUAUGUACAGCCUAGUUAAGGUUAUCCAUCACUUUUGUAUUAGUAAAAUAAACACCCUGAAAUAUUUUGUCGCACCCCAAAAACUAUUCAAAUUAGAUUUUUGUUAUUUUGAUUUAAAAUCCUAUAAACUCUGUUACGACAUACUGUAUUGCUGAUAGUGAAUGAAAAUAAAUAAUUCUUAAUAUUU